AUGCCAGCAGUUCCUCCACCUAUUCGUCAUCAGCAGUAUCCUCCACAGAUGCAAGUACCAGUACAACAACAACAAGUACAAGCAGCCGCAGCAGCUCAAGCACAAAUGGCAGCAGCCGCACAGGCAGCAGCAGCUAAUAAACCAAGACCCAAUGUUGCUGGAAUACCAACAAUAUCAUAUAGUCCAACCGAUAUAACCAUUCCUCCAGCCUUAUAUGACAAGGUACCCAAUUUGGAUCAAUACAAAAGACUCAAAGAAGCAGAAGAGCGAAUUGACUUAUUGAUUUCUCGUAAAGCAUUAGAUUUCCAAUCAAUUCAACAAAAAACAAUCCAUCCUUCUGAAUAUAAAGGAGAAACAGGAAUCUUGAGAGUGUUUGUAUAUAAUACUUGUGAGAAUCAACCUUGGCAAAAACAAUUAUUGCAAGAAAAUGGAUUAGCUAUUCCGGAUCCAACCACUAGUGAAUCCAAUUGGACCAUGAGAGUUGAAGGAAGAUUUAUUAGUGAUUCUGCUACUAGUACUGGGGAAUCGGAAUUUUUGAAAUUCAGUUCAUUCUUAUCAGCAAUUUCAAUUGAUUUAAUUCCAAAUGAUGACUAUCCAAAUACUCAAUCAAAUAUCAUAGAAUGGAGAGAUGAUGGUGUUGAUAAAAACCCAGCAAAUGCAUCAUUUGAUGGAUUAGAUAUCAAAAGAAAUGGAAUAUAUAAUAUCAAAUCCAAAAUCGCCAUAUUAGUUAAAAGUCCAUCAGCAAAAUUACGUCUUUCCGAAGAAAUGGCCCAAUUUACCGGUAAACAAGAAUGCACCCAACAAGAAUUAAUGUACUUAAUCUGGCAAUAUGUCUUAUACAAAAACCUAUUCCGCAAAACCGAAAACUAUACCGAAGUGGCUGCGGUGGAAACCUCCUCAAUCCGUGACCCAACCAAUACCGCCAAUCAAGAUGAACCAGAAGACGACCUAACCCUAGUCCAAUGUGAUAGUAUCUUACUCGACUUAUUAAAAGUCCCCACAUUCAAGUUCUCCGAUCUUUAUCGAUUAUUACAACCACAUUUCAGACCCCGUGAACCAAUAAUCAUCGAAUAUGAAGUCAAUACCCGAAAAUCAACCACUCUUGGCGAAUGUGUAAUCGAUAUCCCCGUAGAAUUACCUAUUAAUCUUUCAAGAGCUCAAAAGGAAUUGGUUGAAGUUAAUAAAGUCGCAAUUGAGAAUUUGGCAAAAGCAGAUGCUACCAUCCAACAAUUAAAUCAACGGAUUUCGUUAGGCAUUGUGGCAUUACAGAAUGCUAAUUUGAGAGAGAAUUUCUAUCGCGAAUUAAGUGAAGAUCCGACUGGGUUUGUUGAGAAAUGGAUUGAAAGUCAAUCGAAAACUUUGAAAGCGUUGAAGAGCGAUGAAGGAUACGACGAAGAGUUGGUUAGACAUGCAAAGUAUUUCCAAGAGAAUGAGGAUUUGAUUAAAGAAAAAAUCGAUUUAUUACUUGGAUCAGGUAGAUUUUAG